AUGACUUCCCUCGGGAGCGAACUUCCAUUGCUUGAUACGUACCAAGCAGUCGUGUCGGCAUACAGCGACUUUCUCACCGUUGCAAUACAUACAAUCCUGUUUGAACGAGACAUCUAUCCCCAGAAUGCCUUCAUCAAGGCGCGAAAGUACAAUUACCCAGUCAGACAAUGUCGUCAUCCAAAGGUCUGCAAGUGGAUCCAGGAUGCUGUUGCUGCCGUUGAGCUCGAGAUGCUAAAGUGUAGCGUAUCCCGCACCUCACUGAUAAUCUACACACCACCCCCAACAUGCCGCCCCCUUGAGCGCUACGUUUUCAGCUCCGACUCGUUUCCCCGCGUCCCUCCAGGAGAGGUCCAAACACCUUUUGCCCGCCCAAAUACGAUCAGCAGCGACACCAACGACGCCGAUACCAGCAACCCACAACCACAUCCACCCCCCGAGCCCCCCACGGUCGUCCCCCACUACACCCCACCAGCUCCAUCCAAUCUUCCCGAACAAUUUCGCGCCACCCUCGCACGUUUGAUACCCUCAAUUUCCUGGCUCAAGGCCCUGGGUCACGACGACUGCACUUUCACCCUCGCGAUUGAGCUUCGCGAUGAUGAUACGGCAGAAGCACCGCUUCACAGGGGUGAGGGAGAGGGAAAGUGGAUUGCUGCUGAGCCAAACUUACAGAAGGAGAGAAUGCGUGGUGGCGAGAGUGGCGAAGCGGGUAGUAAUGAGGGUUUCGAGGGAAGAAGGAAGAUGGGGAGGGAUCUAGGGGGGGUGAGGACGACGCCGGUGAGAAAUCUCGAAGCGGGCGCCUUUGCCAUGGAGGUCUGGGUUGAAGAGGCAAGGGGGAAGUUUGAGGCGAGCGUUGAAGAAGAGGAAGAAGAUAGGGAGGGGGAAAAGAAAGAUGGAGUUGACGAGUGA